UUAAAAAUUAUUUCAAAUAUAUGAAUAUUUUAAAUGAAUGAAAACAGCAUCAUCCCUAUUACACUUAGCAAUCUUUCGUAAUGGGGAUAUCGAAUACAUUUUUAUAUUAUAGUUUUAACAUUACAUCUAGAGUAAACACACCCUAACCGGAAAUGCCAAACUAACAAAACAUGCCGUCAAUUCGGAAAAUAAGCGUCUUUUCAAAUUGUUUCGCGCCUCGCGGCAAUUUCUGGUAAAAAUAUUUAUUCCUAAUGGAAUAACUAGAAUUCCAAUAUCUUUAAAAUGGAUAUCGGAAAGUUAUUAAAAAGUGUUCAUAGUUUGAAUGAAUACAUAUCAAUUACUCAAGAUGCUGCUGAAAAAUGUAGAACUUCAAAAAUACAAUUGAAUUUGUCGGCUGUUCUUGCGCUAAAGAAAAUUCGAUCGUUAGAAAUUGAGUAUUUCAACAAAACUGACGAAAAUGGUAUUGCAUGCCUUAUAUUCGAGCGUAUGUUAACUUUACCGACGUCGAAAACAUGGGGAGUUCUAAGUAAGGAACUUGUGAAUCUGCUGCAGUACUGGCUUGAUGCUAUUAGGAAACAUUUAGUGAGGCAUAAUCUACAAUGGUGGAGUUUCUUAAAAUUAUUGCUCAGAUUUAUUAAGGAAAUCUGUCACAAAGACAGUUCUCUUCCCAAUGUCCUAGUGGAAUACACCUCAGAGUGCCUGCUAGACUUGGCCACUAACAGCCGUCCAGAUGCCACCCAGCGGCAUGAGAUCCUGCACUGUUUCAACUUAUACUGCUCCGAGUCCAGCCGGGAGAUCAGAUAUGCUCUCCGGAAUAAGUUUGCACACUUCUUUGUCAAGCUAUCAACCUACAUGGCUAGCUGUGGCCACCUGCCGACCCAGUACAGCAUUAUGGAGACAUUACUCCGAUGGCUGCUGCCACGCCAAGAUCGGAACCUUAGGGUUGCAUCCGCAGCCAAGUGGUUCCCGCCAGCGCUGUACGAAGAGAAAGAUGUGGAGAUAUUUCUGGAGAGACCCUGGGUUAACUUCUUUCAGGAUGCAAGGGAUUUCUUGAACGCACACAAUGGCAGGCAAAACCUUAUCACAUCAGUUGUAUGCAGAAGGCUAACUGUUGGGAAAGUUGUCGUCAUCUCUGGUGAAGAGCGUCAAGAGUCGUGGCUCGACAUAAACUCAGCCGACCGGAGUGUGACGGUGCUGAUGGACCCGCGAGUGCUGGAGGCCUUCGGCUGCGGAAACCUCAAGACCUUCGAGACGCUGGUCAUCACCGAGGACAACACGGAGACCGCUAAGCUGCAUAUCCAGUCGUCCCGCCUGCUGGUCUCGCUGCGCCUGCUGGCGGCCCCCGGCGUGCGCGCCCCGCUCGCGCGCCCGCUCGCGGCCUGUGACGUCACCGCGCACCUCGCCUCGCGCUGUGACGUCACCAAACUCGACGCCGCGCUCAGGAACGUCUUCGAUGAAAAGUAUCAGAGACUUUUGGAUUUAGAUAAGAGUUUGGAGUUAUCGCCGGUCAAGACAGACCACGUGAACAAGAAUUCUGAGCAAGACUCUAGGUUUUCGCACCCAGUUGAAGUGAAACGACGUACACAUUCAGGAUACAUAGUGAAAUCUCGUCAGAACCUCGCUUGUAUGUCACCGUCUACAGCAUCUACUAGCUCGUUAGCACAGCUUCACGAAAAGCUAGCUGCCUUACCGCAUUACAAAUAUGAUAAGGAACCAGUAAGCGUGUGUGCGCUCCCCGAGCUAUCCAUAGUGACAGAAUACAGUGAGGCCGACAACCAAAGCAACAACACUACACUCAAAUUCAAACCUUACGGCGUGUGCCAGAAGAACUUAAAUAAACUGGACCGAAAGUCCCAGAGCGAUCCAGAAAGUUCUAGAAAGUCUAAAGGGAGACGCCUGUCAGCUGUAAACGAAGAUGCAAGUACCGCCAGUUGUUUACUCGUCGCUACGAUCGGUUCUACAGACGAUUCUAUCAUAAAUGAUACAGUGGAACGGCUAUCGAAAAGCAAGGACUAUAAUCCGGAUAAUAUCGUCGAUUUGUUGGUACAUGAAGCCUUGCAAGCUAAAGAAAAUAAAGAGAAAACGGAUAGAAUUGAUAGCGGGAUUAAUACGGGAGAAAAGAAGUCUGAUUUGGAGGAGAAUAGUGAGGCUAUUGAGAAUACUCCUAACGCUGAUGAGGUCAAAAUAAAUAAGGUUAAAAAAAUCACGUCAAAAGUACUCUCGUCGACUUCAGACGAGUCUAAUACCGAGGCUAUCAAUGAAACUCCCUGUUUUGUUAAUACAAGGAGGAAAAUAAGAAGAACACCCAAAACAGACCCCAUACAUAAACAGUCCUUUGACGAACAAGUCGUGGAAGAAUUCUUUUCUCAACACUUCACUGAGAAUAAGGAAACUCGCGAAAUCAUUAUUAGUCCAACUCUUGCCAAAAAAAUAAAUGAGACUAGUUCUGAAGCCAGUGACUUCGUUGACGGUUUCGAAUUGAUUGAUGAAGUAGAAGAGAAUAUUGUGACGUACGAUUUCAAUAAUAUUGAGGUUAUAGAAUGCCUGAAUAGUAUGGUCGAUAAAGUUUGUGAUGUGUUCGAUAAAUGCACUAAGUAUUUAAACGAAGAUGAAAUAACUGCGGAUCCUGAAGAGAAUAUGCCAUUAAAAGAUAUUAUGAACACUAUACAGGAUAUUGAAUCUACAAAAGAUACUGCAAGUAAGAAGAAACCUAUUAAAUUGAAAUAUAAAGCGGCUAAAAAAGGUAAAACUCGUGCCGCGAAACGUAAGAACAAACUUGAAUUGGAACCGACGUUUAAAAUGUCGACUAUUAUAGAAGAUGCGGGCUUAGAAAGUGCUGCGGAGAAAACUGUAGAUCACAUUAUUAAUGAACCAAAAGAAAUAAUAACGAAUAAAGAAAUAAGCGAGGUUUUCUGUCCCGAUGUAGCAUCGACAAGCGUUGAAAAGCCAAAAGAUAUACCUAACGAUGCAGACCUAACAACGCCACAGGUGCGACGAAAACGUAAACUUUACUCACCGAAAGACGAACAAUUAGCUGAAGAUUCUUAUAUCCCAGAGGAGCUACCGCAAUCCACCAUAAAGGUGAAGAAAACGCCAAAAACAACAGCAACGUGUUACAAAGAUAUAGAAAAGGAACGUCAGAAGAAAAUCAGAUUACCGCGAACUAGACGCAAUAAGAAAUCUAGAACACCGUCCCCAAGAACUAAGAAACUGAACGAUAUAUUCGACAAAGUGAAGGACUCAGCCAACAACGAGAAAGUUAAACUCGCAGAUAACACCUUUGAAGUCGAUAUCUACAACUUCACAAGUGACAGCGACGAUGACUUCAAAGAAAAGAAGAUAGAUAUAUCUAAAAGGAAUAGUACUACGACGGUUGCGAGUAUCGAUUCCACAGCGUCCCGACGCAGACGGGCUGUCAAACGUAUAGAUUACACCGACUACAGGUCCUCAGAUGAAAGCAAUAAAGUUAAACGGAAGGUUAAUAGAAAACCUAGAACUAAAAAGAAGGUUAGUGUCGAAAGAAAUGAGCUUAUUGAUGAGAGAUUACGAAAAGCUAAAGAUAAAGAUAUCCUGAAUUCAUCUAUGGUAGUCGAGAAAAGUAAAACGGUUGUUGAAGAUCCAGAUUUCGUUCAAAAACGUCCGGAAAUGGAAGCAAUGGACGAGCAAGGUAAAACGACUGAGAGUAGUCUGAAGAAAAAAGGAAGGAAGAACGUUAAGACUGAAAAUGAAGCGAAAAAUUCAAGGAAAAUAUUAACUAAAGCGGUCGUAGAAGUUGUUAAGAACUUUGAUGAUGAUAGAACUGAAAGUCCUUUGCCUGGUUUGUUAGUAGAGCCAGAGGUUGAGAAACAUGAUGAGGUCAACGAACUCUCAUCCACUAUGGUCGAUAAAUUCAAGAAAAUAUACCAAGAAGGCCCAGAAAAGUACGGUAACGACUCUAAUACUACACAGAACUUACUCUCAGAGAUAGAUAGAAUCAAUUUUAGUACAACCGUAGAUGUCACUGAGGAAAUAAUUGAACAGUUAGACAAAAAUAAAACUAAAAAAGGAAAGAAUACUAAAAUUAAAAAAAAUACAAACACAAAAGCGAAAACUAUCAAAAAGGAACGGAAAACAACAUCAAAUACUUCUAAUAAAGAAAACGUAGAUGUUAUAACUAUGCUCGAAAUUUCUGAUGUGAAAUCUGAACGAUCUAUAGAGACUGUAGGGAUAACAGGGCAUGGGGAGUUAGAGGAGGCUCCACCCAGCCCGAAGUUAAUAGGAGAGAGGCUCGAACCGCGAAACUUAGAAGUCGACGACCUAGAUCACUCCAUGAAGGACUACUUUAACAAACUUACCAAGAACAUGAAUGAAUCUCAUAAUAGGGACUCUAGUUCGAAUAAAAAUGAAAGUAUCGUCAGGUCCCCCUCUCCAGUCGUUUCCAUAAAACGGCUAUCCCCCGAAGAUAUUAGUCGUUGGCUGCCUUCAAGACGUACCUCAGAUUCCGAUGAGUCCUACGCAAGUGCUAAAUCUGUUAAACAAAUUGAAAAUGUUACUAAACCCAAUAGUAAAGAGAAAUCAUUACAUAAUGAUAGUAAUUCUAAGUCGCAAAGUCGGUCCAAGAAAUACGAUGAUUCCGAUUCUGAUUGCAGUAUUCAAGCUAAAGAUCAAAGACUUAAGAAAACUAAAAUUGAAGCUAAGAAAACUGAAAAACCAAAAAAAGUAAAAAAGCAAACUUCGUUAAUAUCUCCUAUUAAAUUAUUUGAUGAUUUAAUAUCGAAUGCUGAUAAACAAUCCGAAUCGACUUUGUCAGACGAUGAAGAAUAUAUGAAAGAAAUAAUACAUACUCUAUCGAAAAAGAAAGUUCAAGAACCAAAAAUCUACUCUCCAAAGCUCCCCGAAGCUCCCAAAAAGCGGACUACCGCGAAACCGAUCGAUUUUGCUGAACAAAAACGAACAAAAUCAAUCGAUUCCGUAUCGAGUCUUUCAAAAUACAGUACGUCUACAAAAAUAGAUGAUUCUAGAAGGUUGAAGAGGAAAUCUGUUGAUGAGAGAGAUGAUAGCAAGAGGAAGAGGGUGGAAGUGAAUAAUAAUGAGUUUCUGUCGAGCAGUGGAGUCACCGUGUCCAGUGUGGACGACUGGUUCAAGAGGAUCGAGCCGACCGGCAGCAGAGCUGAAGAAAUCACUGCCUCAUACCGUCACAGUGUGCAGAAUGUUAUGGAGAAGUUAGAUACCACGCUUGUGGAGAUACACAGGAAUACUAGCAAGAAAUUCGCCCACUUAUUCGUGGACGCACAGAAACACUUGAGCGAUUUGAAGGAACAGCGGCGCGGCAUGUACAAGCAGCUCGCGUCAGACAUACUCACCGGAGUGGUCAAGAUGAUGGACGAAAAGUUUGCUGAUCUAGAUAAAAGAUCACAAGAGUUAGACGGUGAUUUCAUGAAGAUACUAAAAGAGCGGACUUCGGAACUGAUCCGAGAAGACUGCAAGCAGAAGCGAGUCAUGGUGCAGCUGUUGAGGGAAGAUGUCCAGGCCGUGGUCGAGCACAUGGAGAAACAGGGGCACUCUUAGAUAUGUGACACUUGUAUAUAUAUAUAUACUUAUAUAUCACUUAUCGACGAUGGUGUUACCCAACCCACAAAAGCAUUAAAAUGGACAAGGUAACGAUUUUUUUGCGAUAUCACAGUCACAAUUAUAUUUGGUUGAAGAAAAACGAUGUUUUCGCGUCGAUUUGGAAGAUAGGUAAUACCAUACCACCAUAUUGAGCAUCUGCUCCAUGAUACACACUCGCCGAGUUAAUAAAAGUAACUUAAUUUUGUUUCAAGUUACCGUUAAGUUUCAAGUCAUUCGCGUAAUUUGAUACGUAUUUGUUGUCAAAUAUGUAAUAUAUUUGUCAUUUAUGUACGAUUAUAAGUUUCUUUAAUUUUAUUUUUAUUAUUUUCGUCUUUACUCACUUCACUUGGAAACAGGCCGUCGGUUCUAGCUAUGUGUAGGUAUUACAAUACAUUUGUAUAGUUUUUUUCAAUACCUAACAUACAUUAAAUUGUUUGAAUAUAUCCACAUUGAAUUCUGAAAUAGGUCGACUUUAUUCGUAAAAGUCUGUAUUUUGGCACAUUUGACUUAAGAUACACUGCGUGGAAGACGCCUUGAUACCGGGAGUAGACUUUGUUAAUGUACAAUAUCCACACCAUAUUACAAGCAUCAUCCAAAUCAUUACAUUGAUUAGCCAAAUUAGGCUCCAGUCAGAGGAAAAGCAUCCUUAUUCUUAUUUCCAUGUUGUGAGAAAAGCGCGUGAAUAUAGUUAAAUCAUUACAUUCGUUGUAAUUUGUUAAUUUUAUAAAUGUUUAAUUCUGUUAAUUUUAUGAAGUGUUAACGGUGAUUGUUUGUUACAAUUGUUUUCUAUUUAUAUGUAAGUAAUUCAUAUCAAAUAAGGUAUGCACUUUUCAGUUAUGAUGUUUUCAAAUUAAAUUAAAUACUUUUUUUUAUGG